GCCUGAAAUAUCGAUCGGCUAACUUCAGUUUUCCGCAGCAAGGGGGCACAUGCAUGUCGUUUUUCCACCUCGAGUUUUCGUAGUAGAAAUUAAAAAUGCCCGAAGCUAAGUGUCAUUAUGAAGUGUUGGGUGUUCCUAGAGACGUUGAAGAUGAUGACCUAAAAAAGGCCUACCGUAAAAUGGCUCUUAAGUGGCAUCCUGAUAAAAACCCAGAUAAAGUAGAAGAAUGUACCAAAUUCUUUGCUCAGAUCCAGACGGCUUAUAGUGUUUUAUCAGAUAAACAGGAGAGAGCUUGGUAUGACAAGCAUAGGGAAGCCAUACUCAAAGGAGGAUUUGGAAAAGACUAUGAAGAUGAUUUUAUGGAUGUUAUGCAGUAUAUGACACCAACAGCAUAUACUGGAUUUGGAGAUGAUGAAAAGAGUUAUUACAGCGUAUACAGAGAUGUAUUUGCCAAGAUUGCUGAUGAAGAUAUCCGCUACAUGGAAGACAAGGAUAUGGAUACCGACAUCCCAUGCUUUGGAGAGUCACAGAGCUCAUAUGAAGAGGUUGUGCAUGCAUUUUAUGCAUACUGGCAGAGCUACCGUACCUCCAGGUCAUUUGUAUGGGUAGAGGAGUUUGAUACUCGUGAAGCACCAAACAGACGUGUGGCCAGACUCAUUGAGAAAGAGAACAAGAAGAAAAGAGAAGCUGCCAAGAAGGAAUGGAACCAACACGUCCAGCUUCUGGUAUCAUAUGUCAAGAAAAAGGACAAGAGAGUUCAAGCUCACCGGAAAUUAAUGGAGGAAAAGGCUGCUGAAAGGAAACGCUUAGAAGCAGAAAGGAGAGAAAAAGAACGAAAAGAAAGAGCAAGGCUUCAUGCAGAGUUGGCCGAGCAGGGUCAAAAGUUCAAAGAUGAGAUGGAAGAACAGCUCAAGGCCAUGGAAGCCACUUUCAACAAUGAAUAUGGAAUAGAUAGUGAUGAUAUUGAUUCAGUAGACUCCCAGGCAGACAGUCUUGAGGAUGAACUGGAUGACCUGUUCUGUAUUGCCUGUAACAAGGGUUUCAAAAGCCCCAAGGCGUUUGCAAAUCAUGAAAACUCCAAGAAGCAUAAGGAAAACAUGGUGUAUCUGAAAGCCCAGAUGGAGGCAGAGGAAGAAGAGUUUGCUGGGGAGGAGAGCCUUGAGGAAGAUUAUGAGCUGGAAGAAGGAGAUGAGGAGGAGAAGGAGGAAGAGAUUGAAGAUGAAGAGGAUGCAGAGGAGAAAGAUGAAGAGGAAGAUGAUGAAAUGGAUGGAUUAGAUGGGCAAGCCAAGAUGGAUGGAUCGGAACCACAAAGAAAAAAGCUUUCUAAGAAGCAAAAGAAGAAGAGGAGACAGCAAGCCAAACUAGACGAUUCAGAGAAUCAUGUGGAGGAGGAAGAAGUAAUUGACAUUGCACAACCCAGUGACAACGAAGAUGAGGACUUUCCUGUUAAAACAAAGUUGUCCAAGAAGCAGAAAAAGAAGAGAAGACAGCAGAUGAAGGUCGAUGAAAGUCAAGAACAAGAACCUUUAAAGGAUCUCAAUAUUCAACUCGGUGGUAGGGAAUCAGAGGAAGAGGAAUCCACCAAAACAAAGUUGUCCAAGAAGCAGAAGAAGAGGAGAAAACAACAAAAACAGAUGGUAGAGAAGGAAGAAGAGGAGGAAGAUGUGAAUGACCUCUUAUCAAAAUUAGAGACGGGGAACUCGAAACCAGUCCCAGAUGAGUCAAGGCCCGAGUGUAAAGAGAAUGAGCCAAGUAGUUUAUCAGCUGAUCUUCAAGAGAGAUUGACAUUAGAAGAUGAGCAAGAUGAACAGUCCAGUUCACAUCAUAAAUCUAGUGACAAUGUCAGAGGUAAAACAAAGAAUGGGGAUGUUUCUUCAAGAACCCAGUCAACAUCAUCAUCUGAGCCUCAGAUAUGUCACACUUGUUCUUCACGGUUUCCUACUCGCAAUAAACUCUUCAAACAUGUCAAGACUACAGGACAUGCCUUACGAUUGCCAGAGGAUGCAGCUCAACAUCACAAUGUCUCCUCAGCAAAGACAUCAAAGAAGAAGAAGAAGCACAAAGGACGAAAUGAACUAGAAUGAUACUUCAUUUUUUAUGUUAUUUAAAAUAUUAAAUAUUUCUUUUUAAUGUAUCAUCCCUUCCUUGGAUCAUACGA